AUGGUAAACGCCAAACUCAAACUCUUCAACUAUUCCUUCUACAAAUACUAUAUUUCAACAUUUCAAGAGACAAAGCUUCAACAUUUCAAGAGACAAAGCUUCCAAGACAAUAAUCUUUUUCAUGAAGAUUACAUAGUUUCAAUAGAAGGAAAGCAAUACAAUCUUGCAAUAUACUAUAAUGGUGGAAUAAUUAAUGAUGCGUGUGGAAUUGCAUAUGAGGGUCCUGAUCCAAAAUGGAUACGAGUUAAUCGAAAUAUGUUGUUUAUCGACCUUUGCAAUCGAUUAAUCGAUGCUACAGGGAUAGACCACAAUGGUGGGAAUGUCCUUAUUAUAUACAGAUUUCCAUUCAGAAGUUACCCUUAUGCUGUCUACUACACAUCACUUGCAAUCACAGAUGAUGAUGGUGUUGAGGGUAUAUUUGAUCUAAUUGACUCAACUCCUAGUUACAACAUUGCUGAUGAACACACUCCUAUGGAUGUGUAUUCCCCAAUCAACACACAUGACCAUCACUUCGAACCUAAUUACUUUGCAUCAUCCGGUCAUGACUUCCAUGGUGAUCAUUUCGAACCUACGUACAUUGUACCUACCGGCGUUAACUCUGAUGAGGUAGAAGAUAUUCAACCACGGUCCACCAAUGAAAUGUGUGCAACAACCACAUAUGUUGUACAAGAAAUGAUUGCAAAUGACAUCCACGUCCCAGCGGAUGAUGGUUUGGACCCUAAAAACGACGAUGCGAAUGAAGGAGUUGGUCUAUCAACUGAAGGGGAACAGACUGGUUUUGGUGCUUUUCACCAAGUCCCAUCUCCAAUGUUUACUGAGGAUACAUGGUCAAGUGUUAAUGAUCCGUCCAUACCGUUGGCAGUUGAUGUCACUGGGAUAUGGGAUGCAACAAAGAAGUUAAGCAAAGGGCUAUUGUUUCAAAACAAGGAAGACUUACAAAUUGCAGUAAAGCGUUAUGGCAUGAUGAGAAACACUUACCAUGUAGUGGUGAAGUCAACAACAGACUUUUGGAAAUUGCGUUGCAAAAAUGGGUGCAAAUGGAAGCUUAAAGCAUGUAAGCGUAUCAAACAUGGUUUAUUUGAGAUUACUAAAUAUGAAGGACCUCACACAUGUGUAUCUGCAACGCUUACACAAGAUCAUGCAAUGUUGACCACAAAGUUAAUUGAGCACGAAGUGCGAGAGCUUGUAAAGGCGGAUCCAUCAAUCAAGAUCUCUAUCAUGAGAGCCAGUAUUAGGCAAAAGUUUGAUGAUUUCUUACCAUCUUAUAAUAAAACGUGGAAUGCAAAGCAAAAAGCCAUUGCAAAUAUCUUUGGGGAUUGA